AGUGGCAAGGGGGACUAAUAGUAAUGAAUAAAUUGACGUCUGAGAACAUUGACGUUUAAUAUUGAUAUUUGGAAACUUCUAGUAAUAGGGCAGUUCGUAGUUCAUUUCAAGUUUGCUUAGUUUACAUAGAAGGUUAAAUUUCGAGAAAGUGGCUGGUGAAAUGGCAAUGGAUUCUCAGUCUGGGGCACAUAAACGCAAACAUUUUAAGGACGAUACCGAAAAGCCUAUUAUUGCGAAAACUGCAACGGAUCUUCAACGAUUACGUCUGGAAAAGUUGAUGAAACAGCCGGAUAAACCUGUACCUAUCCCAGAAAGGCCUAAGGAGAAAAGCAUGCCUCAUGUCCCUGAUUUUGUGAGAAAUGUUAUGGGGUCUAGUGCUGGAGCGGGUAGUGGAGAGUUCCACGUAUAUCGUCAUUUGCGUCGAAAGGAAUAUGCACGACAAAAGUUUAUUCAAGAAAAGGCAGAAAAAGAGUUACGUGAUGAUGAAUAUCACAUGAAAUUAGAAGAGAACAGAAGAUUAGCAGAAGAAAGAACUGCCAAAAAACGGGCUAAAAGGUUGAAAAAGAAACAGAAACAAAAUAAGAAGUUAAAACAAGCUACAAAUAUGGUAAAGUCAAAGAGCAAAGACAUUGCUAGUGACAGUGACAGUGACAGUGCAAGUGAGGAAAGUGAAAAAGGCAGUUUUGCUCAGACUGAGGUAAAAGAGGAAAACAGACAGUAGUAAAGAAAAGACUCUAUGUAACAUAGAAAAAGCCUUGCAGGGAGAAUCAAAAAGCGUUGAACACAAAAAUAACAAACCCAACAGUAAUGAGAGCAAAGAAAGCAGGGAGGGCAGUGACAGUGAAGGAUGAGAAAAGCGCUGAAGUUACAGUGCAAAAUGUAGUUACUUCGUAUAUAAUACAGAUUUUGAUAAAAACUUGUUUUUAUACAUUAUGUAUUCAUUAUCAAUUAUAUAUUAUUGUUACAAUUCAGUAACAAUGAUACAAUAAGGUAAUCAUUUAUAAAAUCUUUCUUUCAUGUGCAGAAAAUCUGCUCUAGUUCUACUUUCCCCAUUUUGCAUGAGCAUAUGACAUUUCUAGUCUGCUGAAAUUUUUAACAAAAUGGAUUGUCUUAACACUAAAUGUUAACUGGUAACUAUUAAAACUUCUGUAAAUUGUUAAUUGGUUAAAUGUGACUUUUUAACUUCCCUGAAUUAGAAGUGGGAAUCCCUGCCCUUGAUAUUCACUCAAAAUCUUUGAAAGACCCUAAAAGAUUUUUUUUUUUGUUUUGCAUUACUUAAUCUAUGCCAAAGAAAAUUAAAAGUUUGUAUCAAAAUUCUAAUAAAUGCUUGAAUGUAUUUAGAAUAGUUCAUUCACAGUUUAUAAGUUUGAAAUUGUGUUCAUAUGCCAUAGUGAGUAAAUUCCUCCAGGUAUGGUAAGGUGUUAUUGCACCUGCAAAACCAGCUAUGUGCACAUUUAAUGAAAAAGUUAUGUACUUAAAGAAACUUCUUAGAAUUAAUUUUGUAAUUGUACCUUCAUUGUUUUUAUAAUGUAUUAACAUGUUAUAUAAAGGAAAAUAAUCACUAGUGUGUUUCAUAUCUUUCCUGUAAAAGGACAUUCACUUCACAUGCGAUUUUGUAUGAGCAAUGUCAAAGAGAUGCAAACCCAUUGCUUUUGUGGGACAAAAAUUAGAAUUAUUCUUUUUAAAGACAAUCCACAAACAAUUUGUUUAAUGAGAAUUCCCAAUUCUGAUUUAUUUUAUUUUAAUACAAUUCAUUUAAGUUAGUGUGGGGAUUUUUGGUUUAGUUUGUUUGCUUUUUGAAGAAUAAACCCAGCGAAAUUGAAAUUACAUGUUUAUUAAAAUGAGAAUAAGCAUUUGGCAGCAUGUUUUAUUCAGUUGUGUUGGCUGAGGCACUAACUCUCUAACAAGAAAAUUUCUGAGGUUUUCAAUCAAUUGCAUCAUAAAAACUACUACUAUACCCUUUAUGUAACAUAUGAAAAUUGAACAGACUUUCAGGAUUCUACCAAUUUUUAUUUUAUUUUAUUUUUUUGAGAAACAACAGGACUUAUCCGUUUAGGAGGGGGAAAAACUUACUCUGAUCACAUUCCAGUGUUUUAACACAUUUAAUAAAGAUUU